CAAAGAGUUAGAGCGGCCAUUUCCCCCGAAGCCUGUUCCGUUUCCUCGGCAACGGGGAGAGACGCCAUGGCGUCCAAGGAGAAGGCGAGGGAGAGGGAGAAGGAGAGGGAGGGCGCCGCCUCCGCUGCCCCUGGGCCUUGGCCCCUUCAGGAAGAAGAAAUCAUUGCUAAAGAUGAGACAAUGGCUUGGAAAUUUCUGUCCCUUGAAGAGGUUACCAUACUGUUGGAACAAGAUAUAGUAGGAGUUCAAAAAGCCUUAGAAGAGUUUCUCAAUUUGAAACAUCGUUUGACAUCACUGAAAGAGGCUGUGAUAUUGGAUUAUUACAUCUCAGGAUUCUGGUGGGCUAAAGCAUUAGAAUUCACAUCUGUGCAACUUGGAGGCUUCCUGACUCUGUUAAAUUUGUUGUUGGAGAAUGUUGACACCAAACAUAUGACACUGGAACAGAACAUCCAAGAACUUGGAUAUGCAAUGGCUGGAAUUGGAGAGUGUAAUUCUGUGAAAAGUGGUGGGUUUGAGUUCUUCACUGUAGACCAGGCCAAGGCUAUAAUAAAUUAUUUGAAGAUCAGCUUAUUUCAACAUUAUACUCUGUAUCAGUAUCUUUUCCACAGUCCCAGGGAAGAACUUGUGAUCGGAGAUGAGAACAUUGUAGAACUAGUGAAGCCUGCAGACAGCCCUUUCUCAGCUCCCUUGGAAGAAGGUCUUCCUUAUGACAUUUAUUCUAAAUUCAUUGCAUUGGUCCCAGGGAAAGAGGAGGAAAUCAAGGAGAUGGAUGGAGACAUUCACUCAGAAGAGGAACCCAAAGCUGAAAGUGAGAUAGAUCCUUUGGUGGGUUACACCAUAGAGGAUGUCCAGUCAGUGCUUGGUGAAAUUACCAAUGAAAUAAUUGCCAAUGUUCAGUCUGAGAUAAAUGAAAAGCUGCAAAUACAAGAAGAGGCCUAUUCUGCAAGAAUAGACAAGCUAAAGAAAAUUUGAAGAAGCAGAGUGAUGAUGGUGCUUCACACAGAUAAUCUAGAUGUGUUUUAUUUCUGAAGGUCAGCAUAAUUAAGUCAGUGUCUCAUCAUCCAGAAAACAUUGUUCUAAAAUGUCUAAUACAACAACUUUAUGUAUUAUGUAUAUACUGAAUGUUAAAUUAAAACUGAAAAGAAAACUGAAUCUUCCCUCAAAGCAAUUUUAUGGUUUGUCAUGCUUUGUAAAAUCGGAAUAUCAUGUGAUUUGUGAAUAAUUUCCCCAUGUGUGUGAUAGUGGAAAACAUGCAAAGUAUCAAGGGUAUAAAAAGUUUCUAACCUGUUAGCAGUCAUAAACCUUUUUCAUAUCCAUAGGGUGAAACACACAAGCAAAAUAAAGCGGCUUU